AUGUGCGACAAUGCGCGCGAUAGGGCGUCUGACGGGGCGUGCGACAGGGCGUGCGACAAGGCGUGCGACCAGCACGCCCCUUUAGAGGUGAUCGAAAUCGGGCGUGGGGAGGCUCGAGUGGGGCAGGUGUAUCCGGUGAAGCCGCUGCUCGCGUUCCUCGUCAUCAGCCCCGAUCUCGAGUCCUCCUGGAAGAUUGUGGCCGUAGAUUCGUCGGAUCCGAUGGCUGCGGCGCUGCUGGAUUCGCCAAGUGGUUACCCGUCCCCCACCCUCUUCCGUUUUCUCUCACCGAUCUUUUUCGAUCUGCCCAGCACCAUCGCGGCACCAUCGUGGGUUGUGAGAAGCCAGCGCCCUUGGGUGGUCUCACUCAUUUCUCCCCUUCACCCCACCCACCCCCCCCUCCCACCAGUUGAUCCGCCCAGCACCAUCGCGGGUCCCCCUCACGCCCAACUCCUUGCCGCGUCCUCCCCUCCCUUCUCUCACCCCCCGCUGCCUUCUGCGUGCGUUUUCACCCUCGUCCUCCUACCACAAGCAGCCGGUGUCACAGUCUCUUCUCUGCCAACAAUCCCCUCCCUUUCUCCUGACUCGGCCUAUCCUCCCUUGAACCCCCCCCCUGGUAUGGGCUGUCCCUUACCCUCUCCCUCGCCGUCUCCCUCGCCGUCUCCCUCUCCGUCUCCUGCUCCUCUCUUGGACGCCCCACCCUCAGCUUCUCUGCCAACAAUCCCCUCCCUUUCUCCUGACUCCGCCUAUCCUCCCUUGAACCCCCCCCCUGGUAUGGGCUGUCCCUUACCCUCUCCCUCGCCGUCUCCCGCGCCUUCGGUUCCAAGGAACUCCACUCAUGUUGAGAGAGGAGGCAGGUUCGACUUUCAGCGGUCCAUCUCCGCUCAGACCGAGCGGGAGUCUCAAAAACCGGCUGGGAGGGCUGGGAAGCUGGAAAGGUGUGGCAAGUCGGGGGAGGUUGUUGUGGGUCUGGUGGCUGUUACCCCGCGUGGGAGAGCUGGAAAGCUGGAAAGGUGUGGGAAAUCCGGAGAGGUUGGUAUGGGUCUGCUGCCUGAUAUACCUGCUGGGAAGGGCGCGAAGCUGGAAAGGUGUGGCAAGUCAGGGGAAGUUGGCAAUAUAAGCGCCUCUUCCGUUGAGAGAGGAGGGAGGUACGAUUAUCGGCGGUCAAUAUCUGCUCAGACCGAGCGGGAGUCUCAAAAACCACCUGGGAGGGAUGGGAGGCUAGAAAGGUCUGGCAAGUCGGGGGAGGUUGGCAGUGGUCUGGUGGCUGUUACCCCACCUGGGAGGGCUGGGGACUUUGACAGGGAUCGGAUGGCUGUUACCCCAUCUGGGAGCGCUGGGAAGCUGGAAAGGUGUGGGACGUUCGGGGAAGUUGGCAAAAUAGGCGCCGAUUCCGUUGAGAGAGGAGGGAGGUACGACUUUCAGCGGUCAAUCUCUGGGCAGACCGAGCGGGAGUCUCAAAAACCGCCUGGAAAGGCUGGGAAGCUGGAAAGAUGUGGCAAGUCAGGGCAGGUUGGCAUGACUCGGCUGCCGCAUACCCCACUUGAGAAGCUAGGUGCAGGCGUGCUGCCUGAUACACCAGAAGAGCGGGCUAGACUUCCCACGACGCCGAGGGCAGGUUCUCAUGUUUCCAUAUCUUUUAAGGGACACAGCGGGCUGCUGGAAACUCUGAAAACGCCGAGAAUACCCAAGACGGCCAAAACGCCAGGAACGGCAGAAACGGCCAGCACGCCUAAUGCUCCAAACGCAUGCAGUGAGCUGCCGCUGAUGGCCGCGUGGAGGCUGCUCGAUCCGGCUGUCACUCCCCCCACUACGGGCCGCCGCGCGUUGGCUGAAGAUUUUUCUCAGACACUGGAAACGGCCAACACCCCUAAUGCUUCACAAGCAUGCAGUGGGCUGCCGCUGAUGGCCGCGUGGAGGCUGCUCGAUGCGGCUGUCACCCCUACUACGGGUCGCCGUGGUAGGAGUGGUAGGGAAGGGUGUGGUGGCGGCGGUGUGGCACGCAGUAAUAGGAUUGUCACUCCUACUACAGGUCGCAGUGAUGGGAGUGGUAUGGGAGGGUGUGGUGGUGAGGGGAGUGGGAGGAGGAGAGGGGCGAGGAGACAGCUGUGGGUGAUGGCUGGUGAGUGCCCGGUGGAUUUGGGCAGUGAUAGGGGUGAUAGGGUUGAUGGGAGUUCCAAAAGUGGUAGGGGCGACAGGGAAGGGUGUGGUGGUGCGGGAAGUGGGAGGAGGGGAGGUGGGAGGAGGCAGCCGUGGGAGGUGGCUGAUGAGAGGCCUGUGGAUGAGAGCAGUGAUAGGGUUGAUGGCGGUGGUGGCGAGGGGAGUGGGAGGAGGAGAGGUGCGAGGAGACAGCUGUGGGUGGUGGCUGAUGAGAGCUCAUUGGAUGGGAGCAAUGUCAAUGCCACCCCUACGGGUCGCCGUGCGCUGGCUCAAGGUUCUCAGACGGAUUUUGGCGAGGGAUGUGGGAGGAGGAGAGGUGCGAGGAGACAGCUGUGGGAGGUGGCUGAUGCGAGCUCAUUAACUGUGAGCAGUGAUAGGGGUGGUCAUAGGGGUGAUGGGUUUGACAAGAUUGGGAGUGAUUGGGAAGGGUGUGGUGGCGGUGGUGGCAAGGGGAGUGGGGGGAAGGGAGGUGCGAGAAGGCAGCUGUGGGUGGUGGAUGAUGAGAGGCCAGUGGAUGGGAGCAGGGAUAGCGGUGGUAGGGAUGGAAGGGAAAGGAGUGGCGGCAAGGGGAGUGGGAGGAGGGGAGGAGCAAGGAGACAGCUGUGGGUGAUGGCUGAUAAGGGCUCAAAUGUGGGUGGUGAUAGGAGUGAUACGGGUGAUAGGGAAGGAGGUGGUGGUGGUGGUGGCGAUGGCAAGGCUGCUGCUGCCGCUGCUGUUGCUGCUGAUGCUGGUGGUGGUGGUGGUGGCGGUGGUAAGAGCAGCAGCAAUAGCAGGAUGCGCAAGGCAGUGUUCAGGAGCAAGGAGGCAGCUGAGGCUGCUGCUGCUGCUGCUGCUGCUGCUGCUGGUGCCAGUGGUGCUGGUGCUGCUGGUGCUGCUGAAGGUGCUGCUGCUGGUGCUGGUGCUGAAAAGAGUGGCGGCAACAGCAGGAUGCGCAAGGCAGUGCUGAAGCUGUUCGGGAAGAGCCGAAAAGGGAAAGGGCAGAGCCAGGUUGCACCUUUCCCCAUCCCGGAUCACCCUCCCCUGCAUGCACCUAGUGUUGGGGCGCCUCUGAAGGUGGUUGGGAGGGGGCAGAGUCAGGUCGCACCUUUCCCAGAACCUGACCCCCCUGCCCUGCAUGCACCCAUUUCUGAGACGCACAAGAAAGUGGCUGGUAGGUGGAACCAGGAGCAGCAGCAGAAGCAGCAGCAGAAGCAUGAGGAGGAUUGGAGGGAGGCGGAAGAGAGGGAUGAGGAAGCGGGGGAGGAGGAAGAGAGGGAUGAGGAAGCGGGGGAGGAGGAAGAGAAGGAGGAGGAAGCGGAGGAGGUGGGAUUGAGGGAGGAGGAAGAGAGGGAGGAGGAAGAGAGGGAGGAGGAAGAGGGGGAGGAGGAAGCGAGGGAGGAGGAAGAGAGGGGAGACCUAGAGGAGCAGCAGCAGAAGGGUGAGGAGGAGUGGAGGGAUAUGGAUGAGGGGGGUGUGGCACUCGAGGAGGAAGGGAGGGAGAAUGAGUGGAAUGACAUGGUUGAGAGGAAGCGUAAGGGUGUGGAAGAGGAGGAGCAGCAGAAGAGUGAGGAAGAGGGGAGGGAUGUGGGUGAGAGGGCUACGAAUCUCAGGGAGGAAGAGAGGGAGAACGGGGAUGGGGGGAAGCAUAAGGGCAAGGAGAACGAGGAGGAGGAGGAGGAGGAGGAGGAGGAGGAGGAGGAGGAGGAGGAGGAGGAGGAGGAGGAGGAGGAGGAGGAGGAGGAGGAGGAGGAGGAGGAGGAGGAGGGUGAUGGGUGUGCUUAUAGCGAAGCCCUUGCUGACUGUGUGUACAGUGAUGAUCCUUCAUCGAAUGGGGAUGAUGCGUCGGUGAAUGCUCUCGAGGAAGAUACUCACACCAGGGAUGACUGGAGCACUACAGACGACUGUAGCAGCAGAUACGGCUGGAGCAGCAGUUGUAGCAGCAGAGGCAGUGCCUUCAAACGAGCUUUGCAGCGCCGCAACAGCAUGAGCAGUGCAAGCCUGAUGUGCAGUGGAGGGGGUGCGGGUAGCGUGGGCCGUGCAAACCUGGUGUGCAAGCAGGGUCUCGGUGUAGACGUGUGUGGUUGUCCCUUUCGCCGCCCCUCUUACCAACGCACAUCUGGACGGACUUUCCAGCGAGGCAACAGCCUGAGCAGUGCAAGCCUAGUGUGCAGUGUUGGGAGUGCGAGCCUGGUGUGUGAGCGCAUCUUGAGUAUGUGUGAUGUCUCACCUGUCCCCAUCGUCCUUUCCUCCCACCUGGGCAGUGUGGGUUGGUCUCGUGCGGCUGCUUCUGCUGAGAGACUCGAUUCGUACUAUGCAGACGAAAAUUCAUACACAGCAGCGGCAGCAGCAGCAGCAGCAGCAGCAGAAGAAGAAGAAGCCAAGUCAUGCUCCGUGUCUUCAGUAGCAGCAGCAGCUGCAGCAGCAGCAGGCGAAAUGUUUUUUCAGGCUGCCCCGCAGUUGCCAAGGCGAUCAGCAGCAGGCCGACAGGUGGGCUUACAGGCGGGUGCAUCUAGACGGCUCCGUCGCACAUCCACCUGCCCUGAUGAUGUUGAGGGCAUGCCCUCCUGCCUUGUGCACCUACAAGCAGUAUCAGCAGCAGCAGCAGCAGCAGCAGCAGCAGCAGCAGGAGCAGCAGCGCUUGCAUCAGCGGCACCUGCCUCAGCAACAGACCGACAGGCGGGUGCGUCUAGAAGACUCCACCGCACCUCCACCUGCCCAGAUAUUGAGGCCAUGCCGCUCCCACUACAAUCCCCACUGUCAUCUCGUGUUCCUCAAUAUCCAGCCUUGCAAGAAGGAGCAGCAGCAGUACCAGAAGAGACAGAAGCAACAGACGAAGCAGCAAGAGAAGCAGCAGGAGAAGCAGCAGGAGAAGGGGAGGGAAGAAAGGAGGGGCUGGAGUCACUUGAAGCGCGGUUGAGGCGAUGGCAUGAGAGCAUGGGUGCAUCAUUAACCCUGAAUGAGCACGAGGGCAUGGGGGGAGGACACAUGGGGGGGAUGGGGGCCGGGCUGUUUCUCCCCGGCCUGCCCCACUGGACCAAGCGGUCGCUCCCUCGCUCGCUGCGCAUCUCCCGCUCGCUACUCUCUUUUUCAGAGCAAGCCCUGAUGGAGCACCGCCAGGAGAAGGCCCUCCUACAUAACGUGGUUGGCAGAUUAGACGGGGAAAACGGGUGUGAAAACGAUCAGUGGAAUGAGGAUAACGGGGAGAGCGGAAUGGAGAGAAACGAGUCGAAGCAGGCGAGGACGAGUGUGCAGGUGAAAAGCGAGAGCUCUCUCCUGUCAGCAGCAGCGGCGGCGGUGGCAGCGCCGGUGUCCCCCGGAGAAUCCAUCCGGGCGGCUGUGGCCGUCUAUUCCGCCUCGAGGGAGUUAUGGCGGCCUCCUUGUAUACCCAAGCCUGUGAAACAAGCCAAGCUGUGCCUCCCCAGGUACUCCCCCCCUGUGCCUCUUAUUGGGCUGGAGAAGCUGAUGGAGGGCGCAGCAGGGGGAGGUGGGACUGGGGCAGGUGGGACUGGUGGGUUUGCUGGGUCUGGUGGGGGUAGUGGUUGGGGUUUGGGGACCGGGUGGUGGGGUGUGGGGGGAGGGACAGGGGAGGAGGGGAGGGGGAGGAAGGAGGAGCCGGGAGAGGCGGGGUGGCUGGGGUUUGAAGGGUUGGUGGAUGUGGCACGAGGGAUGAUGUGGGGGGAAGGGGGGGGUGAGGGUGGAGAGGAGGCGAACGAGGAGGGGAAAGAGAGGGGGUUGGGUACAGACAAAGGAAUGUGCAUGGGAGGUAAGGAAGAAGGGGCAGAGACAGUGGGAAGAGAAGAGGGGGGGUCGACUGUAGGAGAGGAGGGGAAAUGUUGUGAGAAAGGAGGAAACAGGGAGACACUGCAGGAAUGGCAGGAUAGGGACGAAGAGCGUGGGUGA